AUGGCCACCGAGACGUUGAAGAUCAGCGAUGGCUCUAGCAUGGAGAUCACCCGAUUGCCGGACUUGGAUGAUGAGACCUGGCAGGAGGUGAAGGCCUAUGUGGAGGGCAACCCGGAGACUGCCAAGGCCUUGCAGAACUUCGCUAAGAAUCCGGAUGCCAUGCGGGGCUGGCUUCAGACACAGGCCAUUGCCGAGCAUUACAACAGCAAGCUGUCCCACGGCGACACCCCGGUGCAGGAGAAGGUGAAGUCCUUGGAGUCGGAUCCCGAGUUGGCUCCGAUCUUCGAAGACAUCAAGAAGAACGGCAUGGAGGCUGCCAUGAAGUACUACCAGGAUGAGGAGAUCAUGUUGAAGAUCAGCCAGAAGAUGGGCGGACUGCCCAGCGAGCUGUCUCCGGUCCCUUGGGCUGACUUGGGACACCGCCAUGACCCUGCAUGA